AUGGGCUUAAUCAAACAUGUUUGCGGGAGGGGUGUCAGCAGAGGGAGCACCCUGCCUGUGUGCUGUCAUGCCACCGGCACGGCCAUGGGGACGCGUGCCACGCCUGCCGCAUCCUUCCCUCCUUCACAGAUGUGGUUUACGGCGGUGUGGCGCGUGGUGCGUUCCUCUCCGCCUCCGCGUGGCGGAGGCAGCCGUCGAUGGAGUUGUUGCGGCAGGCCGCUUGGGCACGCAUCAGCAACGACGGUGGCCCUCAUGGCUUCUGUUAGGCUUUGUAGCACAGCUUUGCGUGUAAGCGGGGAGAAGGUUGCCGGGAAGGAAGAAAAGGGCCUGCAGGAGGCCGAGGCCUUCCUUCGGGAGCGGUUUGGGCCGCAGGCGAAGUUGGUGCUUCGACGGUGCCCACGGCGUCGCGUGAGACGGGCUACGCAGAAGGUGCAGGAGCCUGAGGCUGAGGAGGAGGAUGAGGCGGCGGUGGUGGAGGAUGAGGAGCCCGUGGCAGGCGACGUCUGGCGCAGGGAGCACGCCGGAGCCACCAGAGAGCCGCACUCGCCGCAGGAGUUCACGAUGGAGUACCGGGCGUCGGCAACGUGUCGGUUGCUCGGAUUUCCGGUGGAGCUCGCAGCGGCCAAUGGCCAGCGGGCUGACGAGGUUUUGGGGCGUGUCCUGCAGGAAGCCCUUGAGAGCGACGUGAUUUUUAUACUUCCUCAGCCGAGGGCCUCGACAUCGUCACAGACGUCGCGCGCGCGUGGACGCGGCCAGCAGAAGCGGGGUGGAUAUCGACGACACGCCGCCGCCCCCUCGCUCUCGCCGCGUCAACUUGAAUUCAAGGCAAUUAUGGACGAACUACGCGAGUUAUGCGUGCACUUUAGUCGCGUAUUGAAGUUCGCCAUCCGCAGCCCCUCCAACGCCGGGCAGCGGCAGCAGUGCAAUAGUGGCGUCAAUACUACUACUACUACGACGACUACUACUGGCGGCCCCGCUGGUGGUGCUGGUGCGACCCGUGCGGAGUGGGGUUGCCGGGCCUACGUGCGUGACGAGUGGGGGGUGGCGCCGACGCUCACCUUCACCGGCGAGGCGCGGGGGCAGUCGGCGAAUGAUGCCCUGAUGCGUUGCUUCGCGAUGCUGCGGGACCGCUACCGCGACGAGCUCGAGUCCGCCUUUGUGCAGCUCGAGAGCGUGCGCGAGGUGGAGGCCUUCGUUCGCCCAUGGGGAAAAACCGUCGAGAGCCACUGCUUUGAGGAGGGCGCAGAGGAGCCCUCGGCCGCCGCGGCGUCGAAGCAAAAGGCGGGGCGGCGGAAGGGCGCCGCAGAGGCGGCCGAGGGCGAGCGAGCGGAGGGCGCGGAAGACUCGCCGCCAGUGCCGGUUGAGGAACAGUACCGGGUGCUGCGCCCGACCACCUUCACUGCCGCCGUCGUCGUGGAGGACGUGUGUGGCAACAUCAGCGUGAAUCAAGUGAAGCGGCAGGCCACCCCGUUGGCGGCGUACCAAAAUGCAUCGGGGCAGGCGCUUCGCUCGGAGGCCGCAGUUUCGCUGGAUGUCACAAUUCUCGAUCAGUGUCUCCCACCGGCGCCGCUCAUCACCCGCAUGCGGUGGCAGUUUGACGCGAUGGUGCAUAAACUUGCGAAGGAGUUUGGGAAGCGGCCGGAGGAGGUUGCCGUGAUUCGCAUCGAGGGGGACAAAGCCAACAGCUACGACGUGGACGGGAACGAAGCCGCGGCUUCCAAGAAAGGCAGCAGCAGCGUCGGUGGCGGUGUUGGCGGCGACGCCCCAACGAGCGAGAAGCAGUGCGUCUUCUUUACAGCCUGUUUUAUAUCGGAUGGAAGUGUUGUCUGGCAGAACAGCGGCUCGGGUCGCUACCGGUUGGAGUUUGACUGCUACGUGCAGGCGCUGACGUAUCUGCUUGAUCAAUACCCCGAACUCGGGCGGGACUGCUUCGACGCGCGUGGCGGUGGCGUCUUGUUUCCCACCACGCAGCUCUUGGAGCUGGCGGUGCUUAAGCACGACAACUACAACAUUUCCGCCAACCACCGCGGGAAGUGGAACGUCUACGCGCUGCUCGGGACACUCACCUCGCAGCUGCUGGGGAGUUUCUACCAAACAACCUACCAAGAGGACCGGGAUGCAGGUGAGGCGCGGGCAAUCCUCACCGUCAAUGAUGGCAUGCAUUCGAAGCAGUUGUUGAUCCAGCGACAGGCGAAAAAGCGAGGAGAAGCUUGGCGCAAUGCGUGCCUAGACGCACUGCGGGAGAAUUUUCCCAACCAGUACCGUGAUGCACUGCUGCUUCACCCUGACCUUGACCUUUCGAGCGACACAAUGGCUCGUGGCAGCAAGUUCCGUGCGCUUCCACGGGAGAAGCGUGUGGAACACAUUGGCAACUUGUUCUCACUCGUCGCCGCCUUUGCGGAGGAGGAUUUGGGUUGGCACAACUUGCGUGUGCGACUCCGCAAUGCCUCGGGGGACUUGGGCCUUCCACAGUGGGUGGCGGAGAUGGAGGCGCAGAUAGAGGGCGAGGAGCAGCGACGCGUGGUGGCGAUUUCGCCCCCCUACUCGCAGGUCAAACAUGCCAGGCGUGUCCUAGUCUACCAGCUGGCACAGAAGUACUUUCCGAAGGAGCUGCAGGCGUAUGCCAAACUCAACCGCGGGGACGCCGUCAACCCCGACCAGGACGCGAGGAACGUUGACAAUGCCGUCUACCGCGCGGGGGCAGAGUCGUUUGUGAGCCAGGUGAUGGCGCUCCUUGAGGCGGAGGCUUCCUCCAUGGCCCCUUUUACCUGGACGCUAGAGCAGUACGUUGACAGCACCACUUUCGAUGAGAACGGCAACGACGGCAGCGUUGAGUGCCUUCUUCGUCCUUUCCACCCACGCUUCCGUGCGGUGGUUUAUGGGCAGAACGGGGACGUCCUUAUAAGUGAACGUACUGGCGGUGAAGAUGAGGGCGCGGUGGUUGUGCUGUGCAGCGUGCUGCGCGCGGCCACCAAUCGCUUUGCGGGGGACAAGGGAGAGCAGCUAUGGACGGAGUACGAGUGCCAUACGCCGCCACCAGUGAGUACCUCGCGGGAGUUGGCAUUAUACAUGUUCAACGCCUUCUUUGGCGUCUCGAGCAUUGGUGGCGUAGGUGGCGCGGACCCCUUGUCGACCUCUGCUGAGCAGCAGGUGGUUGACGUUGAGGCGCGCGAGGUGGGCGGUUACUGGUUCGUGACGCUUUCCCUGUCGCGGGUGGGGGGCUUGGCGGUGGCGCGCGCCGUCGCCAUGGCGAAGCGGGAGGGGGUGCGGGACGUGGUGGUGUUGGCAUGUCGGCGGAAUUUCCCACGGCCGCUGCAGUACCUCUUGGCGCACUCCAAAGAGAUGAGCUCCUUUGCAGAGGAGGUAUUUGCGGCCCCGGUGGUGGAGGAGCUUCCCGGCCCCGUGAUGCGAGACAUCCGGCGAGGCGUGGAAGGGGCGGAGAGCGCGGGGCCGCCGCGGCCGUACACACUCCUGCGACGCUGCGUCACGCGCGACUUCCGCAACGAGCGUUGGCUGCGCGUGGAGCAGCUUCCCAGCAGCGGCAGUGGCUUUGAGUGCCGCAUUUACUUGCAGAAGCAUCGCCGUGCGUCCAAAAAGGGCGAGGUCCAACUCGUGGGGUUUGGCUCCGCCCUGACGCGCCCGCAGGCGCUGCAUAUUGCCGCGCUCUGUGCACUGGAAAAUCUUUUUGAGGGGGACCUCGCGGAGGCCGUUGCGCGCUCGCCGGGCUAUAGGGACCUGCCGUCGCCAGAGUAG